AUGGGGAACUCAUCAUCAGCUCCACCAAAACACUCCUGUGAGGUAGUCAUUGUCGGGGGAGGUUAUGGUGGCAUUCAGGUUGCUAUGCAACUUGAUAGCUACUGCAAAGUCACUCUCAUUGAUCCCAAAGAUGCUUUUCAUCAUAACAUGGCAGGAUUGCGAAGUGUCGUUGAACCGUCUUUUGCUAAGAAGACUCUCAUACCUUAUGAAGGAAUUCUGAAGCAUGGCACCUUUGUUCAGGAUCGUGUUGUUAGUUGCAAUAUCUCCAGAAGAACAGUGACACUUUCCAGUGGAAAUGAGAUUAGCUACGAUUAUCUUGUGUUUGCCUGUGGCUCAUCUGUUCCAUUUCCAGGUAAGUUCCUGAGUCUAUAAUAUCUUUGCAUUAAUUGACGCAGGAAUAUUCAACCAUGCAUUUGGUGACUUUUGUUGAGGUUCCUGUGUGACACAGGUUUUAUGGAAAAAUAUUUUGGCCUCCAUCACUCCUAUUUCAUUAGGUUGCUGAUGGGAUUUUGAGUUGCCAGGUAUAGUAAAAAAACCUGUUAGUCUAAAAUUUGUCAGUUAGGUCCCCUCUAUACAAGCACCUGUGUAGCCCAGACUUAUCUUCUAAAAUCUACAAAAAAAGUCUGUGCAUUCAGUCAACAUUCAGAAUCCUCUUUGGAGACAUAGGUGCCUUAUCACUUCAACUGCAAUUUAAUGGCAUGCAGGUUUUAUAUAUAACAAAUAAGCUGAAUACAGAAAUAUGCUCUUACAUGUGAUUCAAUGUAUAUUUUGUCUUCAGAAAAUAAGAAUCUAUUUAAUAACCUAAAUAGCCUAAUUACAAUGUGAGAACCUGUUAAGGCUAACCUUGGAAAAUGCAGGUUCAGACCUGCAGGUUUCUACUGUAUUUGCAAAUGCAGUUGUGGGAAUGAAGAGCUGGGUCGUUUUUUUAAAUUUUAUUUUCCUUUUCUAUCUCAUGAAAGUAAUGGCGUAGGCCAACUCUAGGUAUCAUUUUAGGGAGGGUCUAUCCUUUGGAGGCUAUUGACUGUGAUCACAUUUCACCUAAUACUGAUUAAAUAAUUAAUGGUUGUGAAAGUUUUGAACCCAGGAGUCAUUUCAAAAGUUGGUUGAGUUUGAUCGUCCGGAUGAACAUAGUCCUGAAUAGGAUUGUUGGUUUGUUCUAAGUUAGUAAACCAGCUUUCUAAAGUAAGACGUUGAUAGUAGUCUGUAGAAUACGUUAUACAUGUCGCAAACUCCCAGUCAAUUUGAUGUAUCAUCUGCAAAUGGUGCUCAGCAAUGUGAUUGUUGACGUCACCAUUGCUUGUCUCUCGUUUGUGUUCAGUCAGUCGCAUGCUUAGGUUUCUGCCAGUUUCACCAAUGUAAGAAGCCUGGCAGUCGCAGCAUUCGAUCUUGUAUACUACUCCCUGUCUGUCCCCCAGGUUUGUUUGCGUCCUUAAUGGUUUCAUGCAAUCCAAGUAAUGAAGCCAUAGUGCCUAGGUAAUGUAAGGUUGUUAUAGUUUCUAAAAGAGUAUGAUUUAUUUUUUGAAGGGAAGCUGCCUUUAGGAACAAGUAUGGAAGAUGCUUUAAAACUUUACAAGGAAUGCACUGACCAGGUACUAAUAGUCUUAAAAAGCUUGAUUGAGGCAAACAUCAAACUUUCAACAUUGACUUUUUGUAAGACCUUAAACUAUUGGUGUUCCAAUCGUUAAUUUAAUCACUGAUUGAAAACCUCAGGCAAGGUGACAAUCAAUAAGUAUGGAAGAUGUUUAAUCUAUCAUUAAGGAAAGGUGAAAAAAAGAUUGUAGGAAGAAAUAAAUUACCAUAUUAAAACUUGAGUGUUGCCUUUUUAGUAAAAUUAUAAUUUAGCUAUAUCCAUUGAUGAUUAAUUUUGUAUGCUAUUUGUGUUUUAAUGUUUAGGGUUAGUAAAAUAACCUCAAAACACAAUGGCUUUGCUAAAUUUAAAGUACUGAUGGUUCACAGUCAAAAACUGAAAAUAAAAUAAAAUUAUAUCUAUUACUUUGACUUGCAUGCAGGUAAAAAAAACCAGAAUUCUUAGAAAGAGAUUUGAUGAAUCAUCUAGUCAAUGGGUCAAUCUGAUUAUUACUGCCGAUCAAAUUUUCAGGGCUCGAAAUUAAUUUUUUGGAUUACAAAGUACUAACCCUUCGGGUUAGUGGGCAUAAACUUUAUUAACCAAAUUUUAAAGUUUAUUAUCCAAGAAUCUGGUUUUGUACUUACAAUAUAAUAAAUUAUUAACUACUGAAAAUUGUGCUAAUAAAUGGGGCAAACUAAAGUAUGGGUGGAUUGGUUUAAAACCGCCAUUGUUUGUUUAGACUAAUCGAACUGUAACCAGGUGAAUGUCUUUUGUCAUUCUUUGUGGAAAAUUCCUCCUUGAUUAAGCUUUUCUUUGUACCGCCAACUUCCAGGGAGCCUUCUGUAGUGCCAUAGUGUUGUAAACUGUACUUGUUCUGUUUUUCUCAAUCUUCCAUUUCCUCUUCACAACUUUCGUGCGGCGACCUUUUUCUGCAAAAGUACGACUAUCCAAGGAAUAGGUUGCACAAACGAGCCACUUUACCAAAAGAAAACAAAACAAACACUGAAAUGAGCAAGAUUGUGGAGGUAUGCUAAAGUUGUGUCCAGAUCUCCUCAUCCAACAAGCUUGGUUACAUUACCUCUGUGGAAAUGCGACUUUUUCUUGUUGUUUGAUUGUGCACUAAGCAUACAUUUUGUAUCUUUUAAAACAACAAAUUGUUCAAAAUAGAAAACAACCUUAUGCAAAAAAGAAACACAUCAGCCUUGCGUGAAACUAUGAAUGAAAAUACUUAAUUUAACAGAAAUUUCAACUAACCAUGUCAGGUUACUCGGGCACAUUUUUAAGAACCAAAUGUGGAAACUACUAACCGUUGGUUAACUGGUUACCAUUAAUUUCACGCCCUGAUUUUAAUGAAAUUUCAGCCAAUUCCGCAAACUACUCUAAAGUGUGACCAGGAAAACGGUGCACCUGAAAUAUGCCUGGAAUGUUAUUAUCAUCCAAACACGCAUCCAAAAUCCACUUGCCAAAUCUCAGAGUGUUACCGUUGUUUGCACAGCAAGAACUGUGUCAGCUUUUUUUCUUUUCUUCGUCGGCUUUGGAUUUUCCAGGUAAUUGUUUUAAUUUGAGCUAAUACUGGUCAAUUUAUAAGCUCUGAGACUUCUCAUAAAGAAACAGGAAAAUGCGUGUAUUUGUCCUUUCACCAGUCAUUGGUAUUCCAAAGCAACAUUGUUGCUUUCAACAUUUGAUGCCGUGGCUUAUUCCUGUAUUAUCUACUUUUCUCUGAAAUAAAACGAGUAAAUUUCACAAAAACCAUGAGGGAUUUAUUGAACACUGAAAACUUAUCACAAGUAACUCAACAGUCAGCGGAUGUUUCAGAACCAAUUGUAAUUAUUUUUACAUCAUUCUAAGCAAAAUUUAACCUUUUCUAUUGAUUUCACUUAAGCCAGACUAAUAUUUUCAAACGGUUAGUCAGUUUGCGGUUUUGGCACGUGAAGUCCUGAAACUUGAUAGGUUUAUAAACAAUGAGCAUUCCUGACAUAUUCUAGGUGUUCAUUUUUCCAGUUGCACUGUAAACCUGUUUUAAACCUACUUUUCUAUUUAUCAUUGUUCCUUGACGUUAAUUUGUUCGUUUUAGGUCAUUAAAAGUGACAGAAUUGUUGUCAUUGGUGGAGGAGCUGUUGGGUUAGAGUUGGCUGGUGAAUUAGCCAAUGACUAUCCAAAGAAGAAAAUCACUCUUGUGCAUAACAGGGAAGAAAUUCUUGAUGACCGAAUGGCGCCAAAGUUUAUUAAGAAGGCACGUGAUGGGCUUAAGGGUUUAAAGGUUGAGACCAUUCUUGGAGAGCGUGUAAAUAUGGAUGACUUGAAUGUAAGUAAUAGUUUCUAAAAAGCAAAGCCAAGAAAGAAAAAUGAUAUUAACUGUGAAAAAUUCUUUUGAAUAAGCCACAAGCUCUAUAGAAAGAUAGAGCAAAAAUUAAGUGCAAAGAGAACAUGAUUUUGUUUCCCAAAAAUGUAUUGCAAGAUUAAAAUAUUCAGACAUAUUUCUUUAAAGAGUGAUAUACAUUGAGAAAAAUAAUUGUUUUUUUUUUUUUACUUUAAGCAAAAACAUGGAAGAAAUUAAUUGCCAUAUUUCUAUAACCUGCAUCUCAUACAUAAUUUAACCUCAGUGAGUAACAUCUGCAAAGCAGUGGGGAGAUCCUCCUUCCGAAUUUCCUUUCAUCCUGAUUGGCAACCAGACUUAAGUUCCAUCUGUAACACAGGUAAUUCUAAUAGGAGACAUGUUUUUGGCAGUUUGAUUCAGAUAAACCUUGGAUUUCUGGACCCUUAACACUGACAACGGACAAAGGCACCAGCAUUGAAACAGAUCUGGUGUUUCGCUGCACAGGACUGAAAGUCAAUUCCAUAGCAUAUCAGUCAAAGCUUUCUGACAAGAUGGAAAAAAAUGGAAGUCUUAAAGUGGAUCAAUUCCUAAGGGUGGAAGAAAUUGAGAAUUUGUUCGCCAUCGGGGAUUGUAACAAUACUCCUGAACUCAAACUGGCAUAUUUAGCACGUCUACAGGCCGGUAAGAUAGUUAAAUUGUAGAUACUUGUCACUGUCACAGCAUAAGAAUGAAAUCCGAAAAGGCAAUAAAAUUUUGCAUAACAUCUCCCGGAUGAUUCCCAGGUUUGUGUAAAUUCCUGCCAAUCCUAGUUAUUUCUUCUGAAUCAUAGCAUAAGUGGACUUUUCAACCUGACGAAUGAAACAUCAAGUUGUUUGCUUACAACAAAUGUUAGAAACAAUUAACUGGUGUUUUUGAGCUACACUGUCGUUAUUGUGUGAAGUUUUGUAUUGAAAGCAAAAGUACUGUCUGUAAUAGAGAGGUGCCCAUAUUUUGGAGCUGAUUGUAAGAAGAGGUUUGACAGUAAAUUAUUGGAUGACCUGCCCACAUGUACUCCGAAUACUAUAAUCUCAAAAGGCAGGGUAGGGCUUAUGGCACUCUAAAUUCAUUGUUUCAUUUUGAUUAGAAGAACUUUAUUAGUAAGCAGAUAACAUAACAGAAGCACUGCCCGCACCUAGCAAGGCUAUUCAAGGCGGAAAAGUGCCUGGAAAAUAAGAAAUUAAGAAUAAGGUUAGCUAAGGAAAGUUAACAGUUUAAAAAUCGUAAGAUGGGUGAGGACCAGAGACUGACUGAGUCUGCUUGUGAAAGAGUAUAAUAGAAAUGAAAUGGCCUUAUGUCAGGGGUACCCAACGUCAAUUUUCGCAAUAUAUCUGGAAGACGAAUUGAGAUCUAGAAUUUUCGGAACGUUUGUUGUAAAAUUUCUUGCUUGCCUGCCUCUGCUAGGAUUUUCGAACAUCUAAAAAAUGGUAUAAUUAAAAAAAAAAUGGUAUAAUUGCCCAUUUUUAAUGGAUUUUUACCCUUAAAAGGUGACCUAGAAUUUUCGGGAGCCUUUUUUGUGGCUGGAAUUUUCGAAAAGGUAAGUUUUGAUGCCUAUAAUUUUCGGAUCACUAGACUUUCAGCUAGGAAAUCCGAAUAGAUUAAAAAUUUGUAGGGGAUAAAAAUAUGCCUCUAUCUACCGUUUAACUACUAAAAUACGUUUAACAAUGCUAUGUUUAAGUGGUUUUGAACUAUAUUCUCGUUGGGUGCCUCUGUAAUGUAUAAGUUCGAACUUUAUGUUUGAAAGGUUUCAUCCCAAUUGAUUGUUGUCUUCUUUUACAGAUGUAGCGGUGGAAAAUAUUAAACGGUUGAAUGAAAACAAACGUCUUAAAGAAUACAAGCCGUCUAAUCCUGUAAUGGUUUUGCCUCUUGGAAGGAGCGGUGGGGUCUCCCAGCUGCCAAAUGGUAUGGUGGUCGGCGGAUUUGUAACCAAGAGCAUUAAAGGAAAGGAUGUUAUGACAGCAGACACAUGGAAGGCAAUGAAGAAGAAGAUGCCUUCCGACUAA